AUGGCCCGCCCUCGUGCAUUUGUGCUUUGGUUAGCUUGCAAUGGUAGAUUGGCCACCAAGGAUAGAUUGAGGAGAUUUGGUUUGAUAAACGAUGAGAACUGUAUCUUUUGCCAUCAGAGGGAAACUCAUAACCAUCUCUUUUUUGGCUGUCAUACUUUGAAAGAUGUUUGGUUGAAAGUUUUGAUGUGGCUUCAGGUUGUUCAUGAUCCUAAGGAGUGGCAUGAGGAAUUGCCUUGGAUGAUGCAGACGUGCAAUGGCAAAAGGUGGAAAUAUGCUUUUCUUAAAUGUGCAGUGACAGAAACAAUGUAUCAUGUUUGGAAGCAUAGGAAUUAG